CUCUUUCCCAGGCUUCUGCCUGGCUAGAAUCUCUCGUUUCUCUCUUUGACUGAAUCUGAGACCCACAAGGUGCCUCCAUGGCGUUCUGGAACUCCAUGGGUGAGCACAGCAGCCAUCAGUUACCUGGGCAUGGAAUGUUGCUACCGGUUGCCAGGGGCACUCCUGGUUCCAAGGUUCUGUUGGCACGGAGUCUGUUGAGCCAGUUGAGGGAUUCUCUGCUGCGCAGCAGACGCAGAGCAUCCUUCUUCUCCAUCCCGCGAGGGAAUAAAGAGCGAUUUGGUGACUUUUGCAGGCCAAACUCUGGACUGACCGUACAGGUUUGGUGAUCAAUUUUCUGUCACGCUGAAAAAUCUGCAGUGGGCUGCCUAAAGGAACCAAAGGGAUUGAUCACAUCCCUGACAUUCCUUUUUUGGAGUUUGUCCCACUUAUUUGGUGGUUGUUUUUGAUCACCAAACACCAUGAGCUCACGUCAGCGAAAGCGCCCUGGAGGAGCAGUUGAUUCCAGACCAGCUCGGAAACGGAGCCGGCUGCUGCCCUCCAGCGCAGGUGGAACUUCGCAGACAGAGCCAACAGACCUUGAGGAAAGUGGCACACCUGCUUUUGAGCCUGACGUCAUAGAUCUCACAGGUGAAGACGAAAAUGCCAUAAAUGUCGCAGGGGAAGAAGUCAUACAGCUCACAUAUGAAGAUGCCAUAGAUGUCGCACGUGAAGAAGUCAUACAGCUCACAUAUGAAGACGCCAUAGAUGUGGACGGUGAAGAAGUCAUACAGCUCAGAUAUGAAGGUGUCAUACAUCUCCCAGGUGAAUCUUCAGAGCCUGAAGUCAUCACUAUCAGUGACGAUGAGUCUUCUAUGGACAGGGAGCAGAGCCAGCAGCAGCUGAAUCUUUCCAGAACAUCAGAUGAGCCACUGGCAAGGGAAGAUGAAGAAGAACCAAGAGACAUUGAUGAUGAUUCUGCUCUCUCUAGGGAUUGGCUACCAUUUGAUUUCGAUCCUCCAUAUUGGUCAGAUGAGGACUCAGAGGACAGGGAGCAGAACCAGCAGUACCCACAUGUUUCCAGUGCAGCAGGGAAUUCAGCUGAUGUACUGGCAAGCAAUGAUGAAGAGGAACCAAGAGAUGUUGAAGGUUCUGCUCUCUCUAGGGAUUGGCUACCAUUUGAUUUCGAUCUUCCAUAUUGGUCAGAUGAGGACUCAGAGUCCAGGGAGCAGAACCAGCAGGACUCACAUCUUUCCAGACCAGCAGAGAUUUCAGCAGGUCCACUGACAACCCAUGAUGAAGAGGAACCAGGAGGUAGCGGUGCAUGGCCAGCAGGUCCUGCUGGUCCUCCAAUGAGGGAGGGUGACAACUCACAGGUGCAGGACAAGGAGCAGAGCCAGCAGCACCCACCUGGCUCCAGCAACACAGAGAAUUCAGCUGAGCUAUGGGCAAGUAACCAUGAAGAGGAACCAAGAGAUAACGAUGAUUCUCUUAACUCUGAUGAAUGGCCAGAUCGUUUUGAGAGUCCUCCGACAUGGCGGGAUGACAUUACAGAUGACUGGGAAGAGAGCCAGCCAAUUUAUUCCUGGUCAGAAGAGAAUUUGUUCGAAAUACUGUCAAGCAACCUUCAACAGGAACCAAGAGAUAUUGAAUUUGAACCACCAAGUGGUAUUACUAGUCCUCCAAACAGGGAGAAUGAUAAUGCAGAGCUUCUUGAAGUGCAUGGACAGGAAAGGAGAAAUGUUACAUCAAACAGCCAGGAACAGGUGGAUGGCUCUGGUAAUGGAACAGGAGCUAAUGAUGCCCCUGUGGCUGACUCAGCCCCUGAAGAACAGGGAGCAGAGGAGGAGGACACUCAAAAUCCAGAUUCUCUUUCCUCCAGUGCACAGCAAGGAGUUGUUAUUAGGUGUCCAAUUUGCAUGGAGUCUUACUCAGAGGUAAGGAUCCACCCGUUGUUGUCCUGUCUGCUUUGUGGGAGGAGAAAGCCAGAAGGGGGGAGCUGCACAAGUCAGUUGGAUGAUGUGGGAUGCUGUGGGCAGCUGGCUGGAAGCACAGCCCUUGCUGUGAAGCUCCACAAGUCACUUCUUGGUGAAUGCAGAGGCAGAAGCCCUUGCCAAGAUGGCACUGGCAGAUCUGUGGGUCCCUCGUAAUUCUAAUUCUAGAUGCUCAAAAUAGAGCCUGAUGCCAGUUGAGCAGCAAAAUCAAAUUCUCUCCUCCCAAUAAAUGUUGUGGUUUUCU